AUGAUUUUUAAAGUGCACGUUUUAUGUAUUAUUAAUAUCAUUAUUAUCAUUAUUAUUAUAUUUACAGUUAUAAAACGUAAAUCAUUGAGAUCGUCACCGAUUUGGAAAUUUUUUUCAAUACACGGAACUUUUGUCGUUUGUAAAUCAUGCGGUAAAACAUUAAAAGGAGUCAAAUCGACAAAUGCCGAAUCACAUUUGGCUUGCAUGCAUUCGAAUAUAUUUUCUAAAUUCAUGUUGGAAAGAAAAAAAUGGAGGAAUUACAGGGAGACUAAAAAUUAUUACAUAACGUCAAUAAAAACCAGUAAGAGAAAACAAAGGAAAGACAUUUAA